AUGCAGUUCCAGCUCCUUGCUCUCGCUACUGCGCUCCUCUCAGGAGUGGCUGUUGCCCACCCGGGUCAUGACCACACUCUGAGCCACUCAGAGAUUGCCCGCCGCUCUAACCUCGCCAAGCGUUGCGCGGUACAGUCCGGUCAGUUCCAGGAGGUUCGCAGGAAGCGUCAGGCCGAGAAGCGCUCGCUUGUCAGCCGUUCUCUCGUUCAGCGCGACAGCAAUGUCACUAUCCAUACUGAGGGUCCCCACUACAACACCCUCCAAAACGACACUUGCGUCCUGACCCCCGAGGUCACCAAGGGACCUUAUGUCUGGCCUCAGUCUCAGACUCUGCGCCAAGACAUGAGCGAAGAUCAACCCGGCGUUCCUCUCUACCUGGAUAUUGGUGUUCUCAACGUCAAUACUUGCGAGAUCAUGAGGGAUGUGCUUGUCGAUUUGUGGCAUUGCAACGCUACCGGAUCUUACAGCUCGUUCACGGGCCACAGCCCUAACACUCCCUUCGAAGAGCUCCUCGACCAGCUCAACGUCACUAUCGGCCCCGACUUGGACCUGCACACCGACGCCACCACCUGGCUCCGCGGCAUCUGGCCCACCGACUCCAACGGUAUCAUGGAGAUGAAGACCGUCUUCCCCGGUUUCUACGUCGAGCGCACCAUCCACAUCCACGCCCAGGUCCACACCGACUGGUCCGUCCGCAGCAACGGCACCGUCGUCGCCUCCAAUAUUGUCAGCACCGGCCAGCUCUUCUUCGACGAGCCCCUCAGCCAGCAGAUCAUGGCCCUCGAGCCCUACGUCAGCCACACCGAGAUCAACCGCACCACCAACGACAUUGAUAGCAUCUUUGCCGAUGAGAGCAAGGGCAACUGGAAUCCCAACAUGGUUGUCGAGCCCCUUGAUGGUGAGGACGUUACCAAGGGCAUGCUCGCCUACAUCACCAUCGGCGUUGAGGCAUAA